AUUCAAAGGAUUGUAUUACAAAGUUCCACAUUUGUCUAUGAUACAUGGGCUGCAUCCUCUUUGUGGUGAUGUUGAAGUGAUUGGGGUUGCUAAGAUUUUAAUACAAUCGAGUAUAUGUUAUGUUUAUGUUGAACAUGGUCAACUUAAUGUUGAUGAAGAAGUUGCUAUUGGAGUAGGAAAGUUGCUGUUACAUCCAGAGGUAUUGGGAAAUGAUACUAAUGAUGAUGAGUUAUUAGUUGGGAAUAAUAAAGUGAGAAAUUUGAUGGGUGACAUGGAUAGCACUGAUACUUUAAGCCAUGGUAGGAAAACAAAUGAUAAAGGGAAAGAAAAGGCGACCAAGGCAUGCCGGCAACAGAAAAGUGAGAGGAAUGGAGGUGUUAUGGCAUCAUCCAGCUUAAAAGGAAUCAUAAUUAAAGAACUUGUUGAUUUUGAAGGCUUUCGACUAGUGGACAACUCAAACAUUGAAUAUAGUGAUAUAGAGUAUGGUAGCAGUAGUACUUAUAUUGACAGUGAUGAUGCUGAAAGUUACUACAGUGAUUCUAUAAAGGACCUGAAUGUGAAGGAUAAUGCAUUGAGAAGGGCAAGUAGUUCCUUGCAUUAUGAUCCUAACUAUGACUAUCCACACUUUGAGGUAGGAAUGGCAUUUGAGAAUGCAAUUCAAUUCAAGAAAGCCAUUGUCAAAUACUCAAUAAGAAAGGGAUGCCAACCUCAUUGGAAAAAGAAUGAGCCAGGUAGGCAAAGAAUUGCUUGUGAUAUUAAACAUGGGUGCUUUAAUAAUUGUAAUGAUAUAUGGAACGCAUUCAUGCUUUAAAAUAAAUAGGAAUAAAAUAGUGAUUGAGCCAUUUUUGGUUGAUGCCUUGCGAAUAAUACUUUCAGUUGUAC